CUAGUCUCACUCGAAAACAAACACGCUUGAAAUAUUGGAUUAGCCGGUAAAGAACUUUCAUUACAGUUCACUCAAAGAUCCAGGCGAGGCAAGCACCUCUUGCAUUGUGGUUGGAGGCGUAUGGAUCCACAAGGAACUCAGAGUCCGGUUUCUAUCCGCCAUUGGAGUAGCGAAUCCGGCAUCACUUCGCCGGCACGUAAUGGCCACGUUCGCUCUUCUUCCGUCUCUGGAAUCUCCAAUAUCAAAAGGACCCAGAAUGUCGCUGCUAAGGCCGCCGCUCAGCGCCUUGCUCAGGUCAUGGCGUCUCAGACUCCUGACGACGACGAAGAAGACGAUUACGAUUUAGGAUUUCGCUACACUGCUCCUCCUCCUUUGUCUCUUUCCAGGACUAGCAAAUCCUCUGUUCCUCCUGCCUCAACUAAUAGAUCGCCGUCACCUGCGUUAGCUCGUAACAUGGUAGAUGAAGCAACAUCAGCCCGAUCAACAUCAGCUGGAAGACCUUCAAUGUCUGUUCGUCAAGCAACUGUGAUACCACCAACUAGAACACAGCCAAAGGCUCCAGCUCCCGUUCUUCCAAUAGAGCCUUCUGUUAUUAAGCCCAAAGAUAAAAGAUUUUCAUUGGAUCCUGGACUAGUUAAACCAAAAGAGUCAGAAAAUCAGCACCAGGCUUCUUCUCUUCGUGAUGAGCUUGAUAUGCUUCAAGAAGAGAAUGAGAGUGUUCUUGAGAAGCUCAGACUUGAGGAAGAGAGAUGUGAAGAGGCAGAGGCUAGAGUUAGGGAGCUUGAAAAACAGGUUGCUGCCCUUGGAGAAGGUGUAUCUUUGGAAGCUAAACUCUUGAGCAGAAAGGAAGCUGCAUUGCGUCAGAGAGAGGCUGCAUUAAAAAAUGCAAAAGACUCAAAGGCUGGAUUCAAUAAGGAAAUAACAUCUCUACAUGUUGAAGUUGAGAAUGCAAAAGCUGAAACUGCAGCUGCAGUUAGUCAGCUUCAUGGGGCUGAAUCUGAAGUGAAAGCUCUUCGAUCAAUGACACAGAGAAUGGUAUUAACUCAGAAAGAAAUGGAAGAAGUUGUUCUUAAGAGGUGUUGGCUUGCUCGUUAUUGGGGUUUAGCUGCAAAAUAUGGCAUCUGUGCAGAUAUUGCUGUUUCCAAGUAUGAACAUUGGUCAUCCCUAGCCCCUCUUCCAUUUGAGGUGGUUGUUUCUGCAGGGCAGAAGGCUAAGGAGGAAUGCUGGGAAAAAGGUGAGGAUGCACCUGAGAAGAGGAGCAAACUUGUUCAGGAUUUUAAUGAUCUUACUGGAGAAGGAAAUAUUGAAAGUAUGCUUUCAGUUGAAAUGGGGCUAAAGGAGCUUGCUUCCUUGAAGGUUGAGGAUGCUAUUGUGCUUGCAUUAGCCCAACAACGGCGUCCAAGUUCUGCUCGACAAUCUGUUUCAGAUCUUAAAUCACCACGGGAUCCCAAGUUUAUGGAGGCAUUUGAUUUGAGUCCAGAGGAGUCUGAGGACGUUCUUUUUAAGGAGGCAUGGCUGACAUAUUUUUGGAGGAGAGCCAAGGCUCACGGUAUAGAGGAGGACAUUGCCGAUGAGCGUCUUCAGUUUUGGAUCAGUCGGAGUAGGCAUUCACCUACUUCGCACGAUGCUGUCGAUGUGGACCAAGGACUUGUGGAGCUUAGGAAAUUGGGAAUUGAGCAUCGACUUUGGGAAGCAUCCAGAAAAGUAUAUCAAGACAUUCACGGUAGUUGAUUGCUUAGCCUUCGAAUUUCUGCUGAACCUGGUUUGAGGGAUUACAUAUUGAUAUAUUAUACAAUACAUACAUACAUACAUAUAUAAUCGUUGAAUCAUCUUCAUUCUGUAUCUUGGACAGUCAGCCUCCACCGGCAGUUGUUCAGAGAGGUUGCUUAUACGUACCGAAGGUCCUUAUCUAAGAACUUGUACAUAGCUGUUAGCUAAACUAGGGAUGGAAUUCACGCUUUCUAUCAAUAAGAAUCAUAGAAAUCCUUGAUGCCAA